AGGCAGGUUAAAUAGGGUAAGGAGCCGCUAAAGAUAAACAAAUCUCUUAAACGGUUACACGGUGAACACCACUCUACAAAAGAAACAAAAACUCUCAAUCUGCAGAGGAGUAUGUCAAGGAAAGCGAUCCUAGCAUUGAUCGCCACCCCGAAGGUUCACGGCGGCGGCCGAGUGCGAUCGCUGAUCACUGCCGGAGUUAUUGACGAGUGCAGCAGGUGCCUGAGUAUAUAAGCUCUCCAGUCAGUGUGAUAGAACAGUUGACUCUCAGAGACUGAGGAAGAUGGUGCUUGCUCGCGAGAUGAGCUGUAUACAAUGUACGAUAGUUGGGGACAAACGGGUGGGCAAGUCCACCAUUACCAGGGGCCUCGGAGAGACGGAAUCAAAUGUACAAACAGAUCUACAGAACAACAAUUAUGAGUCUACUAUAUUUGACAAUAUUGCUGGUACAACUAAAGUGAAUGGAGAAGAAGUUCUGAUAAACUUAUUUGACUGUUCCAGUGAUGAGGAGCAUUGUGCCAUCAGAGAAUUUGCCUACAGAGACAGCACCGUGUUUAUUCUGUGUUACAGUGUUGUAGAUAGGUCCUCACUAAUCAAUAUCAAAGACAAAUGGGUUCCAGAAAUUAAAAAGUUUCUCGGCAAAAAAAUCAAAGUGAUUGUUGUUGGAACUCAGACAGACGUUCGAGACUCCGUGAGCUUAGACCAAGACCUUCCUGUCACUAAGACAGAGGGUUCGAACUUUGCGCGCCAAAUCGGAGCAGACUAUUUCAUGGAGUGCAGUUUUACCUCUCCCUCCACAUUCUGUGACAUUUUCAAACAAGUGGCCAUGAUUGGCAAGAAGUCCAAACGAAGGCGCUCCCCUGUUAACAUAGUGCGGAGGCUGCUCGGCACAAACUAAGAAGCUGUGAUCUGAUGAUAAAACAUUCUAGUCAAAAAAUCAUUCCAUCUGUGUUCAUAUCGUGUUUAUUUUUGUUUAUUGUUAUAUCACAUUUCCAACAAUGAAAAUGAAUGCCAUUAAAAUAUAUGUUUAAUAAA